AUCAUAAAAAAUCAUAUCCAAGUAGGCUAUUUUUCUGCCACUAAAACCCUUAACCUGCAUAUUCUCCAAUUCACCAGCUAGGGUUUAUCAACUCAAAUUAUCCAGUUUUACAGUUCAAUACACUAUCAUCUAUGCUCAUAUAAACAUUUGUAUCACUAUUUACUACUAAUAAUGGCACUUCAAGCAGGUCUCUCCACUCCAUUUCUCUUAUCUUCAUGCUCUGCUCACAGACUCAAUCCUCUAUUCUUCUCUCAACGACGUCGUUGCAUUGCUUUCUCCAAUUGGCGUUUCCAUCGACCAAAACCUCGAUUUUUCGCUGUUGCUGCGUCGGAGAAUGGAGUAUUUACUUCUCCAGAGAUCACAAAGUCGUUUGAUUUUUCUUCAGAGGAACGGAUAUACAAUUGGUGGGAGUCCCAAGGUUAUUUUAAGCCAAACUUUGAGCGAGGAAGUGAUCCUUUUGUGAUAACAAUGCCACCUCCUAACGUUACUGGUUCACUGCAUAUGGGGCAUGCAAUGUUUGUGACUCUUGAGGAUAUUAUGGUUAGGUACAACAGAAUGAAGGGAAAACCAACGCUUUGGCUUCCUGGGACCGACCAUGCUGGUAUUGCAACACAGUUGGUUGUAGAAAGAAUGCUUGCUUCUGAAGGAAUAAAAAGGACUGAUUUGGGGAGAGAAGAAUUCAUAAACCGAGUUUGGGAAUGGAAAGAGAAGUAUGGCGGAACUAUUACAAAUCAGAUCAAGAGACUUGGGGCUUCUUGUGACUGGACAAGGGAGCACUUUACUCUGGAUGAGCAGCUAAGUCGAGCCGUGAUUGAGGCAUUUAUCAAGCUUCAUGAGAAAGGUUUAAUCUAUCAAGGAUCGUACUUGGUUAAUUGGUCUCCUAAUCUGCAGACCGCUGUUUCAGACUUGGAAGUUGAAUACUCUGAAGAACCUGGUACUCUAUAUCACAUCAAGUACCGUGUUGCUGGAGGUUCAAGGACUGACUUUUUAACAGUUGCAACAACUCGCCCGGAAACAUUAUUUGGUGACGUAGCCAUUGCAGUGCAUCCUAAGGAUGAACGUUAUUCUCAGUACAUUGGAAGGAUGGCAAUUGUGCCUAUGACAUAUGGCCGCUUUGUUCCUAUUAUCUCCGACAAGCAUGUUGAUAAAGACUUUGGGACCGGUGUGUUGAAGAUAAGCCCUGGACAUGACCAUAAUGAUUAUCUUCUUGCGAGGAAAUUGGGUCUCCCAAUACUUAAUGUAAUGAACAAAGAUGGGACCCUUAAUGAGGUUGCUGGACUGUACGGUGGUCUUGAUCGGUUUGAGGCACGCAAGAAAUUAUGGGAAGAUCUUGAGGAGACAGGCUUAGCAGUGAAAAAGGAGCCACACACUUUGCGAGUUCCCAGAUCGCAACGUGGUGGAGAAGUUAUAGAACCAUUGGUCAGUAAGCAGUGGUUUGUGACCAUGGAGCCCUUGGCUGAGAAGGCCCUUCGUGCAGUUGAAAAAGGGGAAUUGACCAUUAUGCCAGAAAGAUUUGAGAAGAUAUAUAAUCAUUGGCUUACAAACAUUAAAGAUUGGUGUAUAAGCAGACAACUGUGGUGGGGACACCGCAUACCUGUUUGGUACAUCGAUGGGAAAAAUUGUGAAGAAGAGUAUAUAGUUGCUAGAAAUGCUGAUGAAGCUCUUGAGAAAGCUCAUGAGAAGUAUGGCAAAGAUGUCAAAAUUUAUCAAGAUCCCGACGUUCUUGAUACAUGGUUUUCAAGUGCAUUGUGGCCUUUCAGCACUCUUGGGUGGCCUGAUGUAUCAUCAGAGGAUUUUAAGAAAUUUUAUCCAACAACAAUGCUUGAAACUGGGCAUGAUAUAUUGUUCUUUUGGGUGGCAAGGAUGGUGAUGAUGGGAAUUGAGUUUACCGGAAAUGUGCCAUUUUCAAAUGUUUAUCUUCAUGGUCUUAUCCGGGACUCAGAAGGAAGAAAAAUGUCAAAGACACUGGGGAAUGUAAUAGAUCCCCUUGACACAAUCAAGGAUUUUGGUACCGAUGCUUUACGAUUUACUCUUGCUUUGGGAACUGCUGGGCAGGACCUUAACUUGUCGACUGAGAGGUUAACAGCCAACAAAGCCUUCACAAAUAAACUGUGGAAUGCUGGAAAGUUUGUAUUGCAAAAUUUGCCUGGUCAAACUGAUAUCUCUGCUUGGGAAGCUGUACUGAGCCAUAAGUUUGAUGAAGAGGAAUCCCUGCUCAAGUUACGUUUACCAGAAUGCUGGGUGGUCUCAAAACUUCAUAUGCUUAUUGACAUGGUCACUAAAAGUUAUGACAAGUACUACUUUGGAGAUGUCGGAAGAGAAAUCUAUGAUUUUUUCUGGAGUGAUUUUGCUGAUUGGUAUAUAGAAGCCAGCAAGGCCCGCUUUUACAACCCUGGAGUCAAUUCAGAAGCAUCAGUGGCACAGGCAAUUCUAUUGUAUGUUUUUGAAAAUGUACUGAAGCUGCUACAUCCAUUCAUGCCAUUUGUCACUGAAGAGCUCUGGCAGGCACUCCCUCAAAGGAAAGAAGCUCUUAUAGUAUCCUCUUGGCCCCAGAUUUCACUUCCACGGAAUGCUAACUCAAUUAAAAAAUUUGAAAAUUUCCAAGCAUUGACUAGGGCAAUCCGGAAUGCUAGAGCGGAGUACUCUGUUGAGCCAGCCAAACGUAUAUCUGCAUCUAUAGUUGCAAGUGAUGAUGUCACCCAGUAUAUAUCUAGGGAGAAGGAAGUGUUGGCUCUUUUAUCCAGGCUAGAUUUAGAAAAUGUUCAUUUUGCAGAUUCUCCACCAGGGGAUGCAAACCAAUCAGUACACCUAGUUGCCAGUGAGGGACUGGAGGCGUACCUUCCUUUAGCUGAUUUGGUUGAUAUAUCUGCUGAAAUUGACCGCCUUUCAAAGCGGCUUUCCAAGAUGCAAACAGAGUACGAUGUUUUAGUAGCUCGCCUAAAUUCUCCAAAAUUUGUAGAGAGAGCUCCAGAGGAUGUUGUGAGCGGGGUUCGGGAAAAAGCAAAGGAAGCAGAAGAGAAGAUAAACCUUACCAAGAAGCGCUUAGAAUUCCUCAGGUCGUCAGUUUUGGUAUCUCAAUAGCCAAAACCAAUACCCCUUCCAAUAAAUUGGUUUUGUGGAACCAUCUUCCAGUUAAACUAAUGUUUCAUUGACGAUCAUAGAGAAGUUGAUAAUUAUCGGUGGACUAAAUUCGAAAGGAAAGCAGUCCAAUAUGAAGAUUUUGACAACACAGAAAUUACAAGCAACCAGAGAUUCCAAAGGAGGACAUGGCCCAUGUAAAUGUACACUUCUUUACCCAGUAGCAUUUUUUUCUGCCAUCUUCGUCUGCCGCCAUGGAGAAAUCUUAAAAUUCCCAUCUUUAUUUAAGGACUUGUGCUUUUUCGUGAAUUGUAAAAAGCUGAAGUUCUAUUUUGGUUUAAAAUUGUAAAAAAGUGAUUCUUUUAUUAAAUGGCUAACUGUAUCAACUGGUUUUGAUUUAAAAUAUUUAAAUUCUUUAAAUUAA